GAGGCUUAAGUAAUACAGAACAUGGCUCGGAAUGGAGAUGAAGCCAUGGAAAAUAACGACGUUCCCCUCCCGUUCGGAUUUAGCGAGGAUUUAGUGCCCAUCCGGGAUAACAAAGCGCCUGGGAUCAGCAAGGUCGACUUCGACGGCCGCUUGGAAGCACCAUUACAGCUCUAUGAGGAUCUCUCCGGCGGUUGCGGAGGUCAGAUGUGGCCGGCCGGCAUGGUCCUGGCCGAAUAUAUCCUGGAUCACAAGCAGCUCGUGGAGGGCUGUUCAAUACUAGAAUUGGGGGCAGGAGGCGGGCUGACAGGGCUUGCAGUUGCAACCGGAUGUCCAACUUCAGGCCCGCUCUACAUCACCGAUCAAGCCGUUAUGCUUCCCAUCAUGCAGAAGAACAUCGAGCUGAACGGCCUCUCCUUAGUCACCGCUGUGGAGUACAACUGGGGCGCGCCGGCGCCGGCGCCGUCCCUCCUCCCGCCGCAUCUCGACGUCGUCCUCGCCGCCGAUUGCGUGUACUUCGAACCGGCGUUUCCGCUGCUGCAGGCGACGCUGCAGGACCUGAUCGGCGCGAAGACGCGGUGCUACUUCUGCUUCAAGAAGCGGAGGAGAGCGGACAUCGCGUGCAUCAAGCGGAUCCGAAAGAUGUUCGAUGUGAGGGACAUUCCGGUCGAUUCGGAGGGGGUGGCGGAGAGAGAUAACAUAUUCUUGAUGGAGAUCACGAAAAAGAGCUGAGGCUCUGUUUCGGAUGGGUACUCGUUUUCCAGCACGCUCAAGGCAUACGAUUGACGGAACUUGUCCAUUAAUGCCGGUGCCAAUAAAGCCCUCCUCACAUUGGGAGACUGGGGAUAUCCCGAAAGAUCUACCUGGACGCUAGAACAAUGACCUCAGGGUGUGCUUGUCAGUUGGCAGAGUAGAAGACAUCUUUACGAUAGGUCGCGGUAAGCACAGCAUUGCAUUUGACGACUGAGCGCUUUCUUCGAAGUUGAACAGGGGUUGGCAUAUAGACUAGGAAUAGACUAAAGCAAUAGUAUAGAGCAUAAGAUUGAAUGCACAUCACUAUCGAGCAAGAACUCGACUUAGUCCUGUGACCAAGUGCUGUCGACUGUGUGUGUCCGGUGUCUGUAUUGGCUUCGGUUUCGGAU